ACAUCAUGAUUAGCGUUCUAUAAACAAGUUUGCUUUCAGUGUACAAAUCAGUGACAAUGAAAUAAAAAAUCAAACUGGAAAAGCACCUUAUUAAGCUUUGUUUCAAACUUUAUUCCCAGGCUUCUUCAGCUUAAUUAGCUGCAAAGAACAAAUACUGAGUAAGUUAAAAAAAAAAAAAGUGAAAAGGGUUGCAACUUAAAAAUUUUAUUUAUUUAUUUAUUUUUUUUGGGGGGGGUCACAUCUGGCUGUGCACUCAGGAAUUACUCCUGGCGGUGCUCAGGGGACCAUAUGGCUGGGAUUUGAACCCGGGUCGACCCCUUGCAAGGCAAACACCCUACCCGCUGUGCUAUCACUCCAGCCCCCUACAACUUAAAAAAUUUAGACGUAGAUCCUAUUAGAUCCUUGAGCGAAACUUUAAAAAGCAGUCCAAAUAUACAAGAGCAGCUCCUAGGAACUUCUUCAAGUUCUAUCUUCUUCAGAAGUUGACUCAGCUCCGUUUGCUUCGUUCUCGGAAGCCUCAUCAGAAUUCCCCACGAGACCUGGAACUGCAUCAUCCUCUCCAGCAGCGAGCAGUGCUUCUCCACCCAGCCAGGGACGGUGUGGGGCGAGCUCCAGUCCUGCCUUUUUGCCCCGAACUGGCUUGGGAUGCGGGGACGCGCUUCUGCCAACUGCUUCGUCUCUGCGUGGCCUGCCAAGGGUCUGCUGCCGCGGAUGCCUGGACUCCAGGGAUGCCGAAGCGGGUCACAGUUCCUCGCUUUCCGAGUACUCCAGAGAUAACUGUUUACCCCGAACUUCAAGGAUAACUUAAGGUUCCCCCGCCCCCCCAACAUUUGCUGUAGCCUUUUGUGUGUUUGUGUGUUAUGAGCGGCCACUCAGCGGUGCUCAGGGGUCUCCCCGCGGAAAAACCGCCCGGGGUGCCGGGGACCGAACCUGGGCAGGCUGCGUGCAAGAAAAGCGCCCUCCCCGCUGUCCCACUGUUCCGGCCCGGGUUCUUUCCUCAGCUUCCCCAAAACGCUCAAGUCGGGCCCAGCACACGACACUCACUCAGCCUAGAGGUCAGCAGAGCUCGGGGCCAACGAGGGUCGCGCUAGCGGCCGGGCCGGGCGCGGCGCCUGUGGCGGGGACGCAGCACCCGGGCGCGCAGAGCCCGACUCCCGCCCCGCGCCGCGGCCCGCGGCUUUUAUAGGCUGGCGCCGGGGCGGGCGCGUCCAAGCGCCGCGGCCGUUCACUCGCGUUCCUGAUUGGCUGCGCCUGGAGCGGCGGCGGGCCGCGCCUCGUCGCCGUCCUCUGAUUGGCCAGUCCCCCAGGGGCUCCUGACACCCCGGCGGGUACGCGCCAAGGGGCCCUACCUCACGAAUUAACUUGACUUCUUCCCUCCGGUUUCACUUCUGGUCCCUGUUCCCCUCACUCGCUCCGGGCCGGCCUCCCGCGGUUCCCAUGGCAACCCGGCGAGCCGCCAGCCGGCCACGGCGUGCGUCACUUCCGGCGCGCGCACUUCCGGCCCCCUGGUCCGUCGCGACGGCGGCCCUUCCGGCGGCGAAGCGGCUUUCCCCGGCCUUCCCCGCCGGCCACUCGGCCUCUGGCGUCCCCCUCCGCCGCCCCCGGCAUUCCGGAAUUCGGCCUCUCCGCCGCCCAACCAAGCUCGCCGCGGGGGCCCGGCCUCCCUUAGGCCCGCCCCCGGACGUCACUUCCGGACCGAGUGUUUCCGGGUCGCAGCUGACCCCCGGUUACUGGUCUGGGUCCCCCGCAGCCGGCCGGAGCGGCGAGAGCCCAGCCGGGCCCGGCUCCGGCGGCGGCCGCGGCUCGUGCUUGUGCGCUCUGCCGGGCGCGCUCGGCGGCCGCGCCGGGGACUGAGGAUGCCGGCGACGCGCGUCCCGCUCCCCCUCCAGGACCGCCCCGCCCUGCAGGCCGCCGGCAUGGCCGCGCCGCUCCCCCUGUUCCCGCCCGGUGCCCGGCAGCCCUGGAGGAGAUGAGGUAGCCGCCGCGCCGGCCACGGGGACGCCCAGUUCAAUGGAUGCGAAGCACCGGGAUGACCUGUUCCGGAAGUACGUGCAGUUCCAUGAGGGCCGCGUGGAGCCCAGCCCCGGCAGGCAGCGGCCGGGCAGCGAGGAGCAGCUGGGGGCCGCCGCCUCGGCCCUGCUCAGCCUGCCCAAGGGGGACCCGGCAGACCGGUUCCGGCUGCUGCCGUUCUACGAGGUGGUGGAGGGCUCCCUGCGCGCCCUCGGCACGUCCAGCCUGCGGGCGCUGCACCGCGCCUUCGGCCUGCUGGAGACGGUGGGCACCAACCUCUUCCUGCACCCCUGGAAGAAGGAGUUCCGCAGCAUCAAGACCUACACAGGCCCCUUCGUCUACGGCGUCCGCGCGGCGCUGCGGGAGGACGACGUCCGCGCCAUCCUGGGCCGCCUGGGCUACGUGCCUGAGCCGGGCGCCGCCUACCGGCUGCAGGAGCCGGUGGGCGCGCUGCAGCUGAAGAUGGUCUCCUUCGAGCUCUUCCUGGCCCGGGUGGAGUGCGAGCAGCUGCUGGAGAUCCACGCGCAGGUCCAGGACAAGGGCUACUCGGAGCUGGACGUGGUCGGCGAGCGCCGGAGCAGCGCCGAGGACGUGCGCGGCUGCGCCGACGCGCUGAGGCGCCGGGCCGAGGGCCGGGAGCACCUCUCGGCGUCCACGGCCCGCGUGGCGCUGCAGAAGUCGGCCAGCGAGCGGGCGGCCAAGGACUACUACAAGCCGCGGGUGACCAAGGCCUCGCGCUCGGUGGACGCCUCCGACGGGCGCUGGGAGGGCCGGAAGCCGCCGCUGCGGGCCUCGCUGAGCUUGCGGAAGGAGCCGGGGGCCGCCGAGCCGGGGGACGCGCUCAGGGACGAGAUCCUGCGGCCGCCCCCCUCGCUCCUGGCCAUGCCCGGCUCCCUGCACCGCGGCCCCAGCGACCCCCGAGCCGCCGCCCCCGCCCCCGGCGGCCUGGGCCUGCUGCGCGCGUCCUACCUGGCGCAGGACGACGUGGACCUCUACACGGACGCGGAGCCGCGGGCCGCGGGCCGGCGCCAGGACAGCCUGCGGCCCGCCGUGUGGCUGGUGCGCAGCGAGGCCCACCCCCUGUGCCACAAGCGCGUGCCCCUCGCCGCCGAGCCGGCCCUGGCCAAGUGCCCGCACUGCGGCGUGCCCGCCUGCCCCUGCUGCGACGGCCCCGGGCCCUGCGCCCCGCCCAAGCCCGGCGCCUUCCCCGGCAAGGCCGCUGCCGCCGCGCAGGACGGCCCGGCCCCGGGCCCCGCCCCGCGGGACAAGUACGCGGGCGCCGAGCGGCUGCUGCCGGCCCACGCCAAGGCCAAGGCUGCUGCCGUGGCCGCCCGCUGCGGCUUCUGCAACCGGCCGGGCGCCACCCACACCUGCACGCAGUGCUCCAAGGUCUCCUGCGCCUCCUGCCUCAGCGCCUACCACUACGACCCCUGCUGCAAGAGCGGCCUGCACGCCUUCCUGCCCCACCACCAGCUCGACUACAAGGCCCCGGCCUGCGCCCACCUCGUGUACAGAUAGACGCGCCGCCGCCUCCCGCGCCAAGGGCUACCACCCCCUCCCGCUCCCCGCCGCACUGGGGCGCCGCUGCACUGGGGAGGGGACUCCCCGUCCUUCCUGGUCUCUCCGCCCCCCUCGGGGCUUCUUGGUUCUGGCUUUGGGAGGGGCGCUCGGGGUGGGUGGGGGUGCUCCCUCACGUCACUCCCCCGGCCACACAGCCCCCGUGUCGCCUCCCGCCGUGCACCUGCAGUGGGAGCGGAGGCCUGCGGGCGUGUGAACUGAGCCCUCCUGCCCCCCAGCUCCCUCCAGCGCCCCCCAGGUUUGCAGGUGACCCCGCCGGUGUAUGCUGCGUCCCGUCGCAGCUCGCCUGGCCGGGGCCCGCCGGGCCCAGCCGGCCCGGCCCUCUUGUUGUUUGCACACGCCCUCUUACUGUACUGUAAAUAGAUAUUUUUGAGAUUUAUUUUUAAAUAAAUAUUCAACUUGCCAUGCGUGUCCAGGUGGUGGAAGGUGGUUCCGGAGCUGGCGCAGACCGCGCCUGCUGCUUCAGUCUUCCGGGGGCCUCCGGCCCCGCCCCUCCCCGCGGCGGGCGGAGGACAGAGACCCGGCUCCUCCUUCCCUACGGUCCAUCUCGACACCUACCUCCAGCUGCACACGGGGGUCGGCGUGGGCCGAGGGUCGCGGGACCCUCUCCCCGCACCCCUACCCCCCAGAGGGGCCGAGGCUCCCGCUUCUCGGGGUCUCCCGGCCGGCGGGAAAGCACGUGGGCUCCCUGGCUGCCCUGGUAGCCCCCUCGCCCCCACCCCAGGACCCCGCUGCAGCCUCCGUGCUUUAUUUGCACUAGCGCGGGCAGGAACCCAGCUGCAGCCUCCCCUGGGGUCCGCAGCCACGCCUGAGCCGCUUCGCGCCCCGCGGGAAAGACCGGCUCCUGGGUCACCCUCUGGAGCGUAGAGCCAGGAGCGGGGCAAGACGACGAAAGUGAAACCGCUUCCUUGUGAAUAAAUAAUAUAUUCCAGCCAUACCAGGUGUCGUGGGCAGGCCGGCAGGGGGCUCGCCAGCCGGGGGGUUUCUGCGAGAGGGAAGCGGGUUUCCUGCGCAGGUGGAAAUCGGGCUGAAUCCUGAGGCCACUGUGAAUUUGCCGAUGUUCUUCCAACUCCAUCGAGUGACUUUUAAUUAAGAGUUUUCAACCUUCUCUGGCUCUUUACCCGCCAGGCACAGCACAGAGACACUCCCUGGAUAGACUGAGCUGAGUUUCCACGGCUCCCUCGGGCCGUCCGUGUCCACGUUCCUCCCGUGUGUCCAGGCCCGCCCCCGAGGGCGAGCUCUAGUUUCCUAGCUUUCCAUUUCCAGGCCACUCCAGCACUACAGUAACAAACCCGCCAGCCAACCCUGAUGCCACGUAAACAGACUGCAGACCCAGCAGGACGGCCGGCUGGGCCGCUCGGGAGCCUCUCCCUGCACUGGAUCCGGAAAUGCGCCCCCUGUACCAGGUGUCUGUGAUAGAGUGUUAAAUAGAUGCUAAUUUAAAAAUGCAGCUGUUUUGCAUUAACUUUAUACCGAGAGUUGAAAUGUUGAAAGUCGAUUUCAAAAUAAUAAAGCGUCUUCCAUUAUUAAA